CCAUCAACAUGUUCACCCAGAUACUUCUGCUGCUGUUGGUGCUGAGUCACGUUACUGAUGGUAAAAGCAUUGCUGUCAAGGAUAGUGAUAAACCAGUUUCACAAAGAUUGAAACGGAGUGUUUGUACAUCCGCUAGAUCAAAUGGUGGAACCACUGAGAUAGAAUACCCAGCUAUUUGGAGAACUCAAUAUGGGAACGGCGAUAACUGUUUGUGGUCAGUAUGUACGGGUACACAAACAGCUAAUGUUAUUUUCAAACAAAUGGAUAUUGAAGCCCAAUCGACAUGUAACUAUGAUUCGUUAUCAGUACAAGGUACUAAAUACUGUGGAACGACCAGGAGGAAUUUUAAUGUGCCGACGACUGACGGUUGUAUUACUAUAAAAUUCACAAGUGAUAGCAGUGUUACACAGAACGGGUUUCAACUCGAAGUUAAACCUAUAGAAGAAUCAACAACACCGAACUAUGGUGGCUACACAUCCUACUACACAAGUCCAUAUUAUCAAUAUAAUGGUGAUACAACACCCAACUACUACUACAAUGGUGAUACAACACCCAACUACUACUACUACAAUGGUGAUACAACUCCUAACUACAAUGGCUACUACUACAAUGGUGAUACAACACCCAACUACAAUGGCUACUACUACACAAGUCCACAUUAUCAAUAUAAUGGUGAUACAACACCCAACUACAAUGGCUAUUACUACACAAGUCCACAUUAUCAAUAUAAUGGCUACUACUACACAAGUCCACGAUAUCAAUAUAAUAGUGAUACCACACCCAACUACAAUAGCUACUACUACACAAGUCCACGAUAUCAAUAUAAUAGUGAUACCACACCCAACUAUAAUAGUUACUACUACACAAGUCCACGAUAUCAAUAUAAUAGUGAUACCACACCCAACUACAAUAGCUACUACUACUACACAAGUCCACGAUAUCAAUAUAAUAGCGAUACCACACCCAACUACAAUAGCUACUACUACACAAGUCCACGAUAUCAAUAUAAUAGCGAUACCACACCCAACUACAAUAGCUACUACUACACAAGUCCACGAUAUCAAUAUAAUAGUGAUACCACACCCAACUACAAUAGCUACUACUACUACACAAGUCCACGAUAUCAAUAUAAUAGCGAUACCACACCCAACUACAAUAGCUACUACUACACAAGUCCACGAUAUCAAUAUAAUAGCGGUACCACACCCAACUACAAUGGCUACUACUACACAAGCUCAUCUUAUCCAUACAAUAUGUAUUACUCAACCUCGAACUACAACCCCGAUUACACAACCCAGAACUACAACACCGGUACUGAUUCUUAUAACUGGUAUAAUUAUGCUACCUCGAACUACAACCCCGAUUACACAACCCAGAACUACAACACCGGUACUGAUUCUUAUAACUGGUAUAAUUAUGCCACUACUCCAAGACCACAAUCUCAACAAGGAAAUGAUACUUUGAUAGAAGGGGAGUUGGUAGAUAUCAGAAGUGAAGCAGUAGAGGUUGUCGAUAAAGUUGAUGAUGCUUUAAGAAAUGUUCAGGGUUAGAUGUUCCCGGCCUUCCUGGACGAAACGAAAUAAAAUGUAUCCAAAUUGAA